AUGUCUACUACAGGGUCCGGUAAGGAGGCCGCGGCGGUCUCGUCUUUGAAUCUGGAGCCGAACCCGUUCGAGCAGAGUUUUGCGUCGACGAAGGAGCCCCACGCCCGCACGGGGAGCGCUCCGCAGGUUGCCUCUGCUAGUGAUGGUGAUGGGGCCGUGGGGCUCACUUCCGCUGUGUCUGCUGGUGGUGCGGUGUCUGCGGAUGCUGCGGACCAGCAGGUACAGUUACAACAGCAGGGAUUGCCCACGAGGAUGUUGCAGAAGCCACAGCAGGUGUCUGGGGUUCCGCAUCUGCCGUCGAUGGUGUGGCAGCCGUCAGAGCUCACGGGGAAGACACCGUUACAGGGCGUUCACUCCCCACAGCCGCUGUUGGAGGGACCGGGAGGUAACGGUCUGUCCCGGGUGGGCAACUCCUUAACGAGGCCCAACUUGGGAGGGGCAAGACCCAGUAUACAUGGCCCCGCGUUCUCCUCCUCGACGUUCCUGUUUUCCAGCAGUCAGAGACCCAGUAUCCAGUCACCACCCGUAUUGACACCAGGAGGGUCCAAGAGACUACCACCGUUACUAUUAUCCCCGCAAUUGGUGCCCACGAACGACGACGCCUACCAGUCACAGCAGCAGCCGGCACAGUUGGGAGGUGCAAGUUCAGGUGCGCUUACUGAUACUGCGGGCCACAACAAGGGGGCGCCAGGUGGGCAGUCCUUGCAGGGCACCGUGCAAAACCCACCGCAGGGGUUUCUAUCGUACCUCCCCAGGACAGGACUGACACCGAACGAGUCCAGUAUGAGGACGGGACUCACUCCAGGUGGGUCCCUGUACCCUCUGUUGCCCUCUCUCUCGGGGGUCGAUAACACUCCGGGGAAGAUGGCCGUGAAGGGUGCGACGACAACAGCUACAGGGUUCAGCCCCAGCAACAGCAACCUCAAUAUCCCAUACACUUCUGGCGGUGCACAACCGCAGUCACAGGGCAGCGCCGCACACGUACCGAACAAGAGGAGGAGGGUAUCCUCGACGACAUCGAGCAAUAGGAGCCACGGCCCUCGAGAGAAGAGGAAGAGCAGCAGUGGGGGCAGUCCCGUCGAAGAAGCUGACGGUUCCCGCGACACGGGCGGCGACCACACUGGCGAAGAAGAUGCCGAUGAGCAGGAACGCAAGCGUAAGGAGUUCCUGGAGCGGAACAGGGUUGCCGCUUCGAAGUUCCGCCGGAAGAAGAAGGAGUACAUCAAGAAGAUGGAGCACGAGUUGCAGUUCUACGAGACGGAGUAUCACGAGCUGGGCAAAGUGAUGGACACGAUAUGUGCGCUCAACGCGUGCAAGUCGGACACCCCUCUGCUAUACCUCCUCGAGACGUACAUCCAGAAAAACGACACAAUGAACGCACUCAACUUGGUCUCUCAUUUGAACCAGAUGGUCUCGCGAACGAGGUACUUCCAACGGCAGGGCCACAACCCAAUAGAGAGCAGCCGAUCGCAAUCGCAAUCGCAAUCGCACUCACAUUCUCCGCCGUAUGUGCAUCUGCAGCAUAUGCCGCAGCCACAAGGGCCGCACCAGCAACCGCACCAUCAACCGCAACCACAGCACCAGAACCAUAACGAGAACCAGCACCAGCACCCUCACCCACACGCUCACCCACAUAUUUUUACAGGACCUUCUGCGAAGAAGCGAGACGACGGCAUGUUCCUGCCUAGUAAGACGGCAGCAGCGAGCAGAACCGACGGACUAUCACCGCACGACCGAUGA